CACAGCUUCGCAGAUAAGUACGGAGGUGGUCGUCUAUUGGCUGUCCAGAAAAGGGUAGUUGAACGGAAGUCUCCGAAUGGGACACGAGUUGGGGGUCACCGCGGCUGAACUUACUCACCACUGCCGUCUACCACCAUUCAACGUCGUCCUCGUCGUCUUUGCCGUCGCCGGGACAUUGCAGACAACGUCGAGCUCUGUACCAAACAAAUUUCUAGAUUGUAACUUAGUUUCAUCCUUUGUUUCAUUCUUGUUCGCAUAACAGUAAACAACGCUGCCAUCCAACUUGGCUUUCUUGCUUUUCUUGCAGAGGCUGGGCGCUAUAUCCCGUCAAUUUCCUACUCUCACUCCUUUACUUUUUCUCUGAAGUCAAACCAAUAAAAUGGGUCAAACUCCAUCCAGGAUGCAGAUCCGUCGCAAUGGUCUUGCAAAGGCGAGAUCUGACAUGCCAUCCUCUGAAUCGCAGUCGUCGUCCGAACUUUCAACUUCCGUUCCCAAUCCUUCGUCGUCAUCUGUAUCAGAACCUCAAGCUGCAAGUAUCGCAGAAGCAAAGCGUAGUCGUCGUGCUUCCCUGCCGCACCGCCUCCUUUCAUCGCUUGCUCCCAAGACUUCGACUUCUGAAACUCCACGCACCCGUACAACCAGUUCGGCUACUCAGUCUUCCCAGCGCAAAAAAUGGCGACUUUCCCGACGCAUCUCUAAACCUCCAAUAGCCAAUGACAUCCCUAUUCGUGAGGUUGCAGAAUCUCAAGACGAACAAAGCAGAUCUCAAGAUUCUCCUGUGGAAGUAGAGAGCGGGAAGGGCAAGGCGAGGGAAGAUGAAGCUGUGGAUGACUUCCCGUCAGCCCCAGAAGCAUCGACAUCCCUCAGUCCACCUAUAGAAGCUGUGGCCUCAAUUACUUCGGGUGGAAGAUUUGUUGAACCGGAUUCUGAUAUCCCGUUUCAACCUAUCUCCACAGCUUCUCGACAGUGCUCGGAGGAAGAUCAGGAUGAAGUGGUCAUUGCUCCAAGUACCGAGUUGGUUGAUUCAUCCCCCCAAACACACGUAGUCCCGCCAUUAAAUCAGAGCGAAGGUCCGCCGUUCAUGCCCCCGAUUGCACCCGCUGGAUCUCAGCCUCCCUUUCCACCCGCGGGAACACUUGUUGUCGUACAAGGUGUUGUGCACACUACUGACGUGUCCCGCGCCUUGGAAGCAAACUCUGCCAACAAUAACUCGAACAAUCCGAAUUCCGUAAUCGAUGGUGGUUUGGAGCCUCCGGGCAUUGGCAGGUCACUUAUUUCACGCCAAAGAUCGUCUUCGACCCCCGGAGAUCGCAUGCGCAAUCGCUUGUCUGGAAUCUUACCGCGCCCCUCCAGCAUGCUGCCAUCUGUACCGCUUAUGUCAGAAGACGGUACAGCUGUUGACCGCACUGCUGCUGAUUAUCCUCAACAACCGCCCGUUGACACGCAGUCAAGUACGGCCACUUUGGCCGGGGGGACAGGCUCCAACACAGGAGGUGGUCCAGCAACCUCUGAAAUAUCUAACCCCGGUUCACUUUCCCCGAGUAGUAUUGAUGUAUUGGGAACAUUGCUCAGUGUAGCAGCAGCAGCAACGGCUGCUUCCCUUCUCACAGGCACUUCUGAGCCUAUCUUCUCUUCUGGGCUUGCGCCCUUAUCUCAGUCACCAAAUCAGCCUCCUCCUCAAAGUGUGUCCGACAGACCCCUAUCUCCUACGCCCACAGGUGAUGCUGGGCGGAUGCGUCAUGUCUGGAGCAGUUUACGCGACCGUCUUGGUCUACGCACGCCUGGAAUGGGAGCGUCUGGGACUGAUGAGGGUGCAGGUAGACCCAGUCCCCGUGACGCAUCGGGAGGAAGACCACCUGUAGUUUCUGGUGUGGCCAAUGCCAGCGCCGAAGCAGCUGCCGUCAAUGGGGGUGGGAUCAGUGACGUUCCCGUUAUGCCCCCACCUGGCAGCUUUGAGCGUUUCCUCAUUGAUCUUCAAUCGGAUCUAAGGGUUGCGCUUGCGCAAGAAAGUGUGCCUGCUGAUGCUGACACUGAGGGCGAUAACGAAGAUGUGGGUGAUGAAGACGGCCAUGAAGGCGAACAUCAUGAGGAGACUGGAGACGUACCAGAUGGCGCUAGUGACAACGAGUCUUUCGACACCGCCGCAUCCGACAUCGAUGAUAACAUGCCUGAACUUCAAAGCGUUUCCGAUGAGGCGUCUACUAUCUCUGACGCCCACACUGCCCGCGAGAGCCCAGGCACCAACGGUGAUGGUUUAGGAAAUGGCGGUGACCCUGAUUUGGAAAUUCGCAACGCCGCAGUCCGUGAUACCACAGCAACCUUGCCUCACGUUGCCCACGCUGAUACCCUUUCUGGAGAGGCGAGUACAGGCAUAGGGUCUCAAGAAGCUUCAUCUGGUUUCCACGGAGGGGCUGUAACAGACCCUCUUUCUUCUUUAUCAUCAGGACCUCCCCCGGGUGUGAGUUCUUUCACUGAGUCCUCAACUGCCGCACAAGAGUCUGAGACAGACAUGCCAUUCCGCCUUCCACGAUUCUCCCCCGGUUCUGCGUCGCGUACUGAGCACACACCUAUCAACUGGUGGCGAUUGUACCGUUUCCCCGCUAUCACCGCGCCUGCAAGUCGCAGUACGCAGGGGCCCACGAUCGUACAGCAAGGAUCUGCCCCACAACCACAACCACACGUGGACGACCAAGAGGGACAAAAUACAGGUGCUGCACCAGCAGCUCCCUCUCUUUCUUCUACUCCCUCAGAAAUGUCGGAUACUGCGCACGCAACGCUAGACGCUAACCUGAACGCUGGAGUACAGUCAAGUGACGGCAAUGCUAACGGUAAUGAGCAACGCAAUGUCGUUAUUCCCGUCAUCGUUGUGGGCUUGCAAUCAGUACACGCAGAACGUCAACCGCCUAUGCCUCCACACCCUCCUCACCACCUUCACCAUCCUCACGUUCAUCAUCAUCCAGCCGAUUUCGUGGACGAGCAUCACACAGAAGGAGAUAUGAUGGAUUUGGACUUUGGCAGUGAAUCUGGGAUGUCCCCAUCAACUACGGCCCCUACUGCUCCAUCAGAGUUUUCACCUGAGGAUACACGACAAUCUCGAGGUCGCUCGUGGCAGUCUCGUGCGGCAGAUGCCAUUCGUAAUUUACGUCCUGGUCGCAGAGCCACUGUGACAAGAAACCCCGCGACAGAAGUGCCUGGCUCAAGGACGUUCCUCAUUUAUGUCAUUGGUGGCUAUUACCCACCCGAUCACCAAAUCAUCACAGGCGGGAACUUGGAUUCCUUUGAAGCAUUGUGGGAACUGGCCGAGUUGCUCGGCCAAGUAAAACCACCUACUGUCUCCAAGGAGGAGAUCGCUAAGUCUGGACUUGAGGUCAUCAAGGCAGAUUCACUUGAGGAGUAUGCAAAGGACGGACGUGUCGCUAACAACUGCGUUGACCGGUGUCUCAUAUGUCUCGAUGACUAUGUGCCGGACGAGGACUUACGUGUGUUGAGCUGUAAACAUGCAUUCCACCAAGGUUGUGUAGAUAAGUGGCUCCAGACAGGAAGGAAUAACUGCCCUGCAUGCCGUUCGAAGGGCGUCGAAAAUGAGACUAGCCCAUCCGCCGAACCGUCCGCUUCGAGUUCAACCGCAAUGCCCCAGCCAGCAGCUGCGUGAUGGUGCGCAUUCUUUAUUAAGCGGUAUUUUCUCUUGCACCAUCUUCCCUUCAUCUCGAUCGUCACAAACUUGUCUUGCGAUGCAUGUAGCAAUUUCAUCCUUUCAUCCUUGUUUUUCCAGCCUAUUAUAAUGCUGCUGAGUAUCAUCCGUCCAUACAACUUAUCAAAAUCACCCGCUAUCAUUUGUACUGUACGACA